ACAGAGAAGAGAGUUGCGAGGCAAAACGGCUGGUCACAUGAGCAGAGAUCUGUUUACAAACCCAAGGCAGAACAGCAAGAGAGAGGAGCGAGUGGAGGAAGGGGGAGGAAAGGCAAACUACAGGCACCAUUAUGGACUGAAAAAGGAGGAAUAGGAGGGGGAAGCCUGCCAUGACAAAGCCAGCUGGAGGUGUGAGAGGCUGACAAACACACUCCGCCUUUGUCUCCGAUUUUUUUUUUUCUUCUUGUCUUUCCUAAUCGAAGGAGCAGAUGGUUAGAGGGAGAGUAGGAUCCCCCUCCCUACGCACAAACACACGCACGUAUCUUCUGAGUGACACACAAUCACACAGCAGCAAUAGAGGACUGAUGUUGACUGCAUGGAGCUGUCCGCACUUUGUUUGUUCUUGGAGGGGAGAAGAUCUUUGCCUUCACCACUGAGGAGCAAAACCUACUGCAAGAUCGGAGGACUAGAGGAGGUGGAGACCAGAGAAGGGGUGAGACUUGUGAAAAUCCCCUGGUAAAAAAAAAACAAAACACAGCUUUAUAGGAGGAAGACAACAGCACAGAUUGUUGUUGGAUUAUUGCCUUCAUUGGGUUAAAGAUUUGCCAUUUAAACGCUGGACGUCAUUGUAACUGGUGAGAGGUGGGGGACGACACUGCAAAGUGACGCAAAGUGAAGUCAAGGAGGCUCUUUCCCCCCCUCUCUGUUAGAAAUAAGCAUAUGAGGUCCCCAGACCUAAAUCUCCCCCGCCUCAAUUUAACACGGAGUGGUUAAUCCAGAUUUGGGGAAUGCUGUGCAGACUGCUGAGCCAACAACAAAAAACGCACCUCCUGAGGAUUUCUGGAAUCUGAAUAUCUCCCAUGACUUGUUUCUGAAGGAGCUAACACAAAGAUCCAGGUCAGGGUACCUCAAUACAGGGGGACCUUUGCUAAAAAGAACAAGUUACGGUGUCUGAGCCUCCAGAACCACUGCUUCUGGCGAUUCUCCAGUCUCUUCUCCUGACAGGGCCUGAAUUCACUGCUGCUGCCUUGGGAGUCAAAUUUCAUGCAACCAUUCCAAUGGUGUAACGGAUGCCUUUGUGGUUUGAGUUUUCAUCGCUCUGAACACUACUGCAGCAUGACGUCUGACAUCUACCACCUCCCUCUCAACAUCUAUGUCAUCGUGCUGGGCAUUGGCCUCUUCGUCUUCAUGCUCAGCCUCAUCUUCUGCUGCUACCUUUUCAGGUUAAAACAGCAAGGAACGAGGGAGCAGUUCAGCUACAACGAGGUGGUGCUGAAAGGAGCGAGCAAGAAGCUGAGCCUCCUUGGACAAACCUGCGCAGUGUGCCUGGAGGAAUUCAGGACUCGAGAUGAACUGGGAGUGUGUCCCUGCUCACAUGCAUUUCACAAGAAGUGCCUGCUCAAGUGGCUGGAGAUCCGCAGCGUGUGUCCCAUGUGCAACAAACCCAUCCUGCGGCUCCACACAGACGCUCCCCAGGGCGCCGAGGGUCCCAUGGAUCCAGAGGAGGUUUGAGAUAAUUGGGGAGGAAGAGAAAGAUCCGCUCCCUCUUUCAGAAAACAACCACAUUAAAUACACUAAAGAUGAUGAACAUCUCAGAAGGUAAUAAAUGGUAAUGAUCCUAAGCUGGGGCUCUGCUGGCGAGUUUCGACAAUAUGCCUCGACAUCGACAGCGCCAGCACAUUUGGUCGGAUCAGUCAGAGAGGGGGCUGGAUGAGUAGGAUUAUUUGCAUAAAAAAGUACCUAGUUCUGCUUCCAUGUUGCACUGUAACACAGCUACAAAAAACAAUUAAACAAUGGCAGAAAAAAAAAAAAGAAGCGGCUCUAGAGAGCUGGAUUAUCAGGACGAGUAGAGCAGCACUGCCAGCGACAAACAUCACCAGAGGCAUGGAGCGGGACAUCGCAGGAUCAGUCCGAAUACCCCUAUUUUCUCAGGGGUGUUUGUUACCAACACAGCCAGCACAACCCGUGUCAGUAACCAUAGAAACCCAGUGCCACAUAUGCAUCUUGAUUACUGCCAGUGUAGGUGAAACGCCCCAGCAGCCAGGGUUUGCCGCAGUAUCUAGCUGAAACAGCGACCAGCUGGAAUAAAACCCAGACGAUUUCAGUAGGAACCGAUUGUGUCCCCGUCCCUGUCCCCCAUUUUAAACGGAGACUCCUAGAAAACUAGUCUUGCCUGUAUGUACUGUGUGUAAAAGUAUCCCUAUAUGAUGUUAUUUUGUAUUUUAAAUAAAGUGUCAUGUAAUGUAA